AGUCUCAUCUUCAGACAAAUUCUCUCUCAAUCUUCAUCCAUGAAAUGAUGCUUUCUUUGUACUACCACAACCCUGCACUGCCACCCAAGACCCUUCCAAAUUCUUCUCCUUCAUUCUUCACUAUCCACAAAACCCUAACCCUUCACAGCCCUUCCAAAACCAUCAUCAAAUGCUCCACCGCAAAAAACCCUCAAACCAAAACCAAAACCCAUCUCCAAAAGCUCCCCAAAUCUGCCAUUCAACGCAUUGCUGACAAACUUCGAAGUCUAGGCAUAGUUGAAGAAGCGGGUCCAGAUAAAACCCAAAACCUUGAACCCAAAACCCUGGAAGAAAACUCCGCAGGGGAGAUAUUUAUCCCACUUCCCAAUAGAAUUCCCAAGUUUCGGGUGGGCUAUACUAUGGAUUCCAGCUGGAGUACGCCGGAAAACCCGGUACCCGUGCCGGGUUCAGGAGAGGCUAUUGUGAGGUACAAUGAGUUGAGAAAUGAAGUGAUAAAGCAAAAGGAGUUGUACAAGAAACCAAAAGAGAAGGUUGUGCCUUCAUUGGCUGAGUUGAAACUUUCAGGAGAAGACUUGAGAAGGUUGAGAACAAUUGGGAUUGGGUUGAGGAAAAAGUUGAAAGUUGGGAAAGCUGGAAUUACGGAGGGGAUCGUGAAUGGGAUACACGAGAGGUGGAGAAAUACUGAGGUGGUGAAGAUUGUGUGUGAGGAUUUGUGUAGAUUGAAUAUGAAGAGAACCCAUGAUUUAUUGGAGAAAAAAACUGGAGGCUUGGUUGUUUGGAGGUCCGGAACCAAAAUAAUAUUGUAUAGGGGGGCCAAUUAUAAGUAUCCGUACUUCUUAUCUGAUAAAAGUACAACAGAUGAUGCUUCUCCUGAUACUUCACCUGAUCCAGAUGUGGAUAGUGGAGUACUUGAUACAAUGAAUAGCUGCUCUUCUGGCGUUGAUGGCACCAAUGGUGUAAAACCUUCUGGACAAAGUCCAACCAACAGAAGGGUUCAACCAACCUUAAUUCAUGGUGUUGGUUCUCCAGAUAAAGUAAGAUUUCAAUUGCCAGGUGAGGAAGAACUUGCCAGAGAAGCUGAUCGUUUGUUAGAUGGCCUGGGUCCUCGGUUUACUGAUUGGUGGGGGUAUGACCCUCAACCUGUUGAUGCUGAUCUUCUACCUGCCAUAAUACCUGGUUACAGGAGACCCUUCCGCCUUCUUCCCUAUGGUGUGCAGCCAAUACUCACAAAUGAUGAAAUGACCACAUUAAGAAGACUUGGCAAACCCUUACCCUGCCAUUUUGCAUUGGGUAGAAAUAGGAAACUUCAGGGAUUGGCUGCUGCCAUAAUUAAGCUCUGGGAAAAAUGUGAGAUUGCCAAGGUUGCAAUCAAGAGAGGAGUACAGAACACUAACAGUGAGUUGAUGGCUGAAGAGUUAAAAUGGUUGACUGGAGGGAGUCUGCUUUCCCGGGAUAAAGAAUUUAUUGUCCUCUAUAGGGGAAAGGAUUUCUUGCCGGCUGCUGUUUCCUCUGCAAUUGAAGAACGAAGAAAACAUGGAAUUCUGCGUGAGAAACAGAGGAUAGAGUUUAGUACAUCAAGUAAAGCUGCACCAGAGCUUAAAUUUGGGAAUGUAGAGGUUAAUUCUGGAGAUAAUGUAGAGUCUGAUUCUGAAAAUCAAUUUAAUGAUAUGAAUGACCAGCAAAAUAUUGCGGAGUCAGAACAAAAGAAACAAAUGUCUGCUGAGGAAGCUAUUAGAAGGACUAGCAUAAAGUUGUCAAUGGCAUUAGAAAGGAAAGCUAAGGCAGAGAACCUUUUAGCUGAGCUGGAGAAGAAGGAAAUAUCACAACAACCUGAAUUAGAUAAAGAGGGUAUAACUAAAGAAGAAAGAUAUAUGCUAAGAAAGGUUGGCUUAAGAAUGCGAGCUUUCCUACUAAUGGGUAGACGGGGGGUUUUUGAUGGAACAGUUGAAAACAUGCAUCUCCAUUGGAAAUAUAGGGAACUUGUGAAGAUAAUAUCUAAGCAGAAAAGCAUUGAAGCUGUUCAUCAAGAAGCACGAACCUUAGAAGCAGAAAGUGGUGGUAUUUUAGUGGCAGUUGAGAGAGUGAGUAAGGGUUAUGCAAUUAUUAUGUAUCGGGGAAAGAAUUAUGAAAGGCCUACAUCUUUGAGGCCUAAGACGCUGCUGACUAAAAGACAAGCAUUGAAACGUUCUGUAGAAGCUCAGCGUCGUGAGUCUUUGAAGCUACAUGUUUUGGAACUAACCCGAAACAUAAACAAUUUGAGAUAUCAGUUGGUUAAAGACAAGGAAGCAAAUACUAUGCAACCAGUUGAUAAAUCAAGAUUACCGCUGGUUCAAGAGGAGAUGGACGAUAUGCAGUCAGCUAAUGCUAGGGAGAAACAUGGAGCUGAUUCGACUUGCAUAAAAUCAAAUGAUCCUGAGGAUGCUACAGUCAGUCUACAGGCAACUCAACAGGAUAAAUUGAUUGAUUUCUCUUCGACAUAUAAUGGGAUGGAGACGCUUAAAACUGAAAUUGAGUCAUCAUCUUUAUCUUUAAGUAAUGUAACCCAGGAAAGUAGAACUGCUGACUCUGCCUCAUGCCCUGAUAAUAUUGUGCAGGAAGGAACGGGCUAUUCUGCUGUUGUUAAUGCUGAGACUUGUUCAUCUGGAUCUCAGCAAGAAGGAAUGGGCUCUUCUGCUGUUGUUAAUGCUGAGAAUUGUUCAUCCAGCUCAUCUGGACCUCAGCAAGAAGGAAUGGUCUACUCUGCCAUUGUUAAUUUUGAGGAUUUUUCAUCCAUCGCAUCUGGAUCUCUGCAAGAAGAAAACGUUAGUUCUGCUGUUGUUAAUGCUGAGAAUUGUUCAUCUAGCUCAUCUGGAUCUCAGCAAGAAGGAAUUGGCAGUUCUUCUGUCAAUGCUGAUAUUUGUUCAUUUGGUACUGAGCCAAUAGAGCCAUCACUUAAAUCAGCCAUAAAUAGAUCAGAAUUACCAGUUCCGGCUGUGACUGAAAAUGGGUGGAAUGAGAUGGCUUCCAGAGUGGUAAAUCUUUCCAAUAGAGAUAGGCUUCUGCUACGAAAGCAAGCUCUGAAAAUGAAGAAACGCCCAGUGCUUGCAGUAGGGAAGAGCAACAUUGUCACUGGUGUUGCAAAAACCAUAAAAGAACACUUUCGAAAGUAUCCUCUGGCUAUAGUAAACGUCAAAGGCAGAGCCAAAGGGACUUCAGUCCAGGAAGUGGUUGCAAAACUGCAGGAAGCAACAGGGGCAGUUUUAGUUUCUCAGGAACCUAGUAAAGUCAUAUUGUAUAGGGGCUGGGGUGCAGAAGAUGAAUCUGGCUACAGGAGUAAGAAGAAUGCUAGAGAUAAAUCAUCAAUUGGCAGAAAGGUUGACCUACGGCCUGCUGUGUCUCCGGAGCUUCUUGCAGCAAUCAGACUUGAAUGUGGAUUGCAAGAUCAACAAGGGCAUGAGGCUACUUCAGAAGCUGGACUGUAAGCUUGUGCCAAAGAAUAACUUUACAAAUCAGAUAUUUCUGGAUCAUUCAGUGAUACCCAAUUCAUCGCAUUUGCAUGCACAACCGUCAGCAUUGUUUCCUCACAGAAUCCGCUGCAGAAGUGACCAGGCAUGAGUUAUUCUUCAAAGGGUCAUUUUUGGCCCUGAAUGCUGUCUCUCGAGACACUCAAGACCCUCUCCUCUCUGCAUACUUCUGUUAUUUUCAAAAAGAGCAACAUGGAUGGUGAGGUACCAUCUUCAAAGAAGCUGGUGAUAGGGCUCCAAAGAACUAGAUACUGAUGCUCCGCAAAAAAUCACCACCUCUUUUGAUUUUAACAUUUGGAAUCUCUAUAAUUGUCCAUCAUCCAUAGAGCUGGUAGUUGAUGAGUUAUGUUAAUAUUGGUCAGCUCUAUAUCCAACUUCCGGCUUCUUGUUUAUAGAUGUAAAUUUGGUACAAGGUUGUAUAGAAUGCCAUUGAAAUUUGUUUUCAUGAAAGUUUACAUAUUUGGUUAGGGCUACAUGCAACCCAAACGAUGCAAAUGAAAAACAUUAAAUUUAUUUUGCCAACGCAACAUUUUUCUUGGAGGUUGAAAUAUGAUUUAUAGGAAAAA